AUGUCUUCCGCCCUUGCGCAGCGGCCCUUCCCCUUGGAUCUCAUCUACGCCGUCCUCGAGCUCCUGGUUGAUCGCCGCGACCUACAUGCAGCUACACUUACCAACUGGGACUGGAAUCGCGCGGCAACUCCACUGCUGUAUCGCACGUUGGACUCAGAUACGCGCUCGAAGAAGCAUAACAAGGAAACACACCCCGCCAAUACGUUGCUGAAAAGACCGGAGCUCGCUCGGCACGUUCGCCAUGUUCAUGAGGCUGGUUUUCUGCACAAGAAUGACCCGAUCUUAACGGCACUGGUGCUACGCGCUCUAAGACUCUGCGUCAACAUCUACUCUUUCUCUUGGGUGGACGAUGGAAGUUCGUCUUCUCCAGAAGUCUUCGAGUCCUUUCUGGACGUGCUGGUGGCGCACACGCCGCGCGAGCUCACGAUACGCUCGUACAGCGACCUCGGAGAGCGCAUCUGGAGCAAACUGAAUGGUAUAGGUGGUCUGCAUAAGGUCGUCGUGUGGUGUAUGGAAGGAAAGCCCCGAAUUCUUCAGGACUGGGCCGAGCGCCUGACCGACUCCCUGACCUCCUUAGAGCUAGGCCGUUGCGCAGGUGUACCAGCUACUCUUCUCGUCGACACACUAGCCCAACUGCCUUUACUCCGCGAACUGACGUUGAAGGGCGCUCCAAGUCAGUCGAUGCACAAUAUCAUGAUGAACCUCCCAAAGCUCGAAGUUUUGGACACGGAGUACCUUGGGAUGGGCGCUUUGCGACCCGUUGAGGACUCGCCCAACAUGCCUCGUUUGCGCCGCUUGAUCAUUCGCACGAGCUCUGUCGACUUGCAGGGGCCUCGGCAACUUUGGGCUUGGAUUCGGCAGCUCAUACCGAGAACGUCACUCGAGUCGUUCACCCUCAAUGCCUUCUCGACACAGGGUUACAUGACCAUCCCGAGGCAUUUCCUACUCUCCUUGGCGCGAACGCACGGCGAGACCCUGAGAAGCUUCCUCGUCAAUAUGUCACAACUGACGCUUGAAGAUAUCGAGUGCAUCUGCUCCUUGUUGCCGCACGUAAGGGAGCUCUCGUGCGCCACUACGAGCCCAGAUCCUCUGGCACUCAAACAUGCAAUCUCCAAGGGCAAACGGCUUGAGAGCCUGAAGGUAUACGUCGCUUGGAUACCCACGCAUACACCAGAGUCUGUAUUUCUAGUCCACGAAACACCAUCAGAACGCUUCGGCAAAGUAGAGGCGCGCAAGCUGAUGUUCAGGGAGGACGAUGGGUGUCGAAACAUCCGCCUGCUAUCGGUCGGACCCCAGACAUAUGUUGGUCGUUGGCGACGUGUGCAGGAGAGUGAUGGCACAUGGAGAUUGGACUUCGUCGUCGACGAAGACGCAGCAGACGCGGCGCUAGACCGCCAUUGGGUAGGGGGGCUUCCAACUCCAACUUGA